UCUUGACCGUGGGGGUAUCGCAAAUAAUAAAUGCAACUGCAUCUCCAGGAACCGGUCGGACUAGGAACAGUCAGUGCCCGAGUCAAGUACUCACGUUGCGACGGUUGCGGCUGUGAAUCUGUACAACCUCACUCACCAAUCGACCAAUCACACAGAUAGUACCCCGCAGUUAUAAACUUAGAAAAUAUCAGGUGCCAAUCUCCCAUAUUCCUCACCACCAAAGUCCCCUAUCGCCAAUCCACAUCAAUGUCCACCGUCCCUAUCACUGAAGGAGAGAUCGACUUCGUCGUCCCAGCUGCUGGAAAGCCAUGCAAAACAUGGUAUAAGGUUGUAGGAGACCUUAAAUCGCGGUCACGCCGUCCUCUUGUUGUUUUACACGGUGGUCCUGGCAGUACACACGAUUACGUCGCAGAAAUCGCUGAUGUCGCUAGUCUUUACUCGAUCCCCGUCAUUCUAUACGACCAGUUGGGUAACGGGCGAUCGACACAUCUGCCUGAGAAGAACGGCGAUGUUGAAUUUUGGACGGUACAGCUAUUUAUUGACGAGCUGAAGAACCUGUUAUCCUUUUUUGAGAUCCAGGAUGACUUUGCAUUAUUAGGGCAAUCAUGGGGUGGGAUGCUUGCAGCAUCAUUCGCCGUGCAACAGCCAAAAGGCUUGAAAAAGCUCGUGCUUGCAGAUUCGCCCUCGAGCAUGCCUCUUUGGGUGGAGGUCGCCAAUAAGCUGCGGAAAGAGCUCCCUCAGGAGAUACAGGAUGCUUUAACGAAGCAUGAGGAGGCGGGCACGAUUCACGACAAGGAGUAUAUCGAUGCAACUUUAGUGUUUUAUUCCCGACACUUGUGUAGAAUCAGCCCAAUGCCGCAAGGCUUGUUGACCUCGUUCCACUACAUGGAUAAAGACCCUACCGUAUAUUAUACAAUGAAUGGUCCCACAGAGUUCCACAUUACAGGAUCUCUGAAAAACUGGAGCAUAAUAGAGGAUGCGCAUAAAAUUGUUGUUCCGACUCUUCUUAUCAAUGGACGAUAUGAUGAGGCGCAAGAUGAAGUUCUACUGCCCUAUUUCCGCGCUAUCCCGAAAGUCAAAUGGGUUCAGUUUGCAGAGUCUAGUCAUGUUCCCCAUACGGAAGAGCGAGAGAGAUACAUGCAAGUUUUGGAAAGUUUUUUGCAGGACGAUUGACACAACGCGGUUUAUUGGGUUAUACUUGUUCUUGUAGGAUGUCAAUUACAACUUGUAAAAUGUCACUGCAGUAUUGUAUG